AUGCCGGGCUCGAGCAAAGCGGAGUGGCUGGAGAAGGCCCUCAAAGCGAUGCCUGGCAAGGCGAAGGUGCAGGAUGUCUUCAACAUUAUCACCCAUCCGAAGUUCUCGUCUGGAGUUGCCGAGAAGUACGGCAAGCGGAUGCUUCAAACUGUCGCAGAGAGCAUGGACCUGUUCUCUGACAAGCAGCGCAUCACUUUGUCCAGGUGCAAGCUGGUGGAGCUGUUUCAGCUUGGGGGUGCCGGAGAGGCCAAAGACGAUGACUCGGGGGACGAGACGCCGCCUGAGGCCCCGAAGAUGCCGAAGCGCAGAAAGAGGAGCCGUUCCCGCUCGCAAAAGCGGAGGUCCCCAAGCCCUGCCAAGAAGCCCGCGAAGCAGAGUGCUGUAUCGCCCAGCAGAGGUGUUGUUUGCGCUACCGCAUGGGGAAGGGGGACAAAGAUUGCAUACGUUUCCUUGAUGUGGAUCUUGACUGGAAAGAGAGAUACAGGAAGCAGGAGGAGGAAAAGAGGCGAGCUGAAGUCGAAAAGAAGGCACAGCAAGACCGCGAAGCGAAGAGGAAGGCCAAACUUGGUGCGGCCUUUCAGCUGGAGGACGAGGAUGACGCAGCGAAUGCGAGAGCUCAGCUUGCAAGCAAGCUCAGCGGACGCAAGGAGGAGCUUCCCUCACUGGCCAUGGCUCGAGCUUCCGCGGGCAAUGGGCGGAGACAAGCUCCUUCAGGAGGCAGGGGGAUGA